AUGGCAGCCAAGAAGAACCGUCCAGGCAAGCACCAACGCAAGUAUCACAAGGCGAAGAAACAUCGCGAAGCCAGCGCACGCUGGCAUGCCGCCGAGAACAAUGCCUUUCCAGACACGCCAUCAGAUACCAACGCCAGGCCGAUGAAGUCGAAAGACGGACACGAGUCUCACCGAGGGGACACGACUGGAAGUGCGCAGGGAAUUGAAGAGGCAGCGCCACAGUCACGCGACUAUCGCCCUGACGCAGAGCCGCAGAGCCGGCCUGGCAAACAUAAGGUGAGGAACCGCCUUCAUCAUUUUACCAUCCAUCAUGCCGAGCAGAUGAUGAGACGUCAGCUCAUCAACGAGAGAACUAUCCGAGCCGUUUGGAACAGAGUUGAUGACUUUCAUCCCACGUUGGAGCAGAAUUGCUAUAACAUUGAGGAAGCUAUCAGCCGUAGAAUCGGAGUUAUCGAGAAGAGCUUUAAUCUUGCAAUGCAGCAAGGCGGAGAGAUACAGCGAGACAUCAAGAAGAAUGUGGAGACGACACCAACCAUGCGGCAGGAUGUCGAUAGCUUGAGAGAGGCGGCGGAGAGCCACGAAGCCGAGAUCGCCAAACUCAAGAGCAAGUUCGCCGUUCUCGACCGCGAACCAGAAGACACGCAUGGACAUACACGGAAUCUUUCCACCCUAUCAGGACAGCUGGGUGGUGAUACCAAGAGCAUAAGCGACGAAAUCAAGGCCUUGCAAUGCAGCAACAAAGAGAUGCAAGCUGAGAUGGUUGUUAUGAGAGAAAUGAUUGCCAAGCUCCAGGCGAGAGACUAA